CAGUCGACAUGCGCGUGGCGUGCGCGAUCCUCGCCCUCGCGGCGGCCGUCGGCGCAGCCGGCAUCAGUGAUGAGCAGUUCUACGAGAUGCCGCGUCUGUUCCACCUGGACCACUACGAGGAGUGCCUGGCGGCGCGCGGCGUGUACUGCGUGGGCAGCUUCGAGCUGGCGCCCGACGAGCCGAGCCCGCUCUACCAGCUCAUGCAGCUACACUCGUCCAACUGGGUGGACAACUUCAACCACACGCGGCUGCACCGCGGGCUGUGCGUGUCGCGGCGCUGCGAGCUCGACGACGAGCACCAGCCCAUGGACGCUUGGUUCGCGUCAUGCGUGAACGCGAGUACCAUGUCGGCUUACAACCUGUCUGCGCGACUGUACCAUCUAGAGUACUGCGAGCGCGGCGCGGGCCCGGCGCCGGCGCCGCCGCUGACGACCAGUGAGCGAGCAUUCGCCGGCGUGCUCGCGACACUGCUCGCGCUCGCCGCGGUCAGCACGGGGCUUGACCUCACGCUCACCGACCACGCCAAGAAAAGUAUGAGCUGGGCGCUGUCGUGGUCUUUACGCGAGAGCUGGCGGGCACUGUGCGCGGCGCCGCCGUCGACCGGCGUGGACUUGCAAGCGCUGGACGGUCUGAGAGUCCUAGGACUGCUGUGCUUCGUCAUCGAGCACGUGUGCUGGCUGAAUACGCUGACCUACAUCGUAAAUACGCGGCACGUGGAGAAGAUGCGUUCGGAAACGGACGUGAUGCUGGUGUCGAACAGCACGCUGAUGGUGCAGGCGUUCUUCCUGAUGUCGGCCUUCCUGCUGGCCAACAAGCUGCUGCAGCAGCGCCGCCGCCAGCAGCGCCUGGCCGUCUGCUCCACCAUCCUCGACACCAUGCUCAACAGGAUCGUCAGGAUGAGCCCGACGUACUUCAUGGUGGUGUGGUUCGCGUCGAGCUGGUGGGCGCGCGGCGGCGCCGGCCCGCUGUGGGCGCCGCUGGUGGCCGGCGAGGCCGCCGUGUGCCGCCGCAAGUGGUGGACGCACCUGCUGUACCUCAACAACCUGCUGCUGGCCGACGACAAGUGCCUCAUACAGACGUGGUACCUGGCCGCGGAUAUGCAGCUGUACCUAUGCGCGCUGCUGCUGACGCUAGCGCUGUGGCGGCUGCGGCGCGCGGCGCUGCUGGUGCUGGGCGCCUUGCUGGUGGCGGUGGUACUGGCUACGGGCGCCGCCGCCUACGCCUGGCAUCUCGUGCCCACCUUCGUGCUGCACAGGCCUGAGGCCGUACGCGCUCUCUACAGCGGGGACUUAUCCUUCAACCUGCUGUACCAGUCGCCGCUGGGCAACGCGCCCGGCGCGCUGGCGGGGCUGCUGCUGGCGCACCUGCACCACGCGCUGCUGGACGCCAACGUGCGGCUUAGCGACUACAGGUGGUUCCGCUGGGCGGCGUGGUGGGCGCCGUGGCUGGCGCUGUGGUGGGUGGCGCUGUCGCCCAAGCUGCUGGGCGCCGGGCCACCCGCGCGCGCCGCCGCCGCCGCGUUAGCUGCGGGCGAGCGAGCCGUCUUUGCGAUCUUCGUGGCCACUGCGCUCUUGGGGGCCAUGCAUGGUGUGAAAUCGUAG